ACAGCCCUACACGGUAUAUUUCUUCUGGCUGUGAAGGAGGCGGUCCCAUGUUUUCUAAUUUCCUCUCCCCGACCUUCCUUGCUGUAGAAUAUGUUACAUUUUCUAAGAAACUCUCUUCAACGCUAUAGUAUCUUUUUACGGUUCAUAGUGUAAACAACCAGCGGGUAGAGCGACACUUCUCGUGCGAGCUCCCCCGCCAAACGACACAGAAGUCCGGGCAGCGUGAGGGAGAAUUGUCGUAGUAGCUCCGGAGCCAAGUUCAUCUAAUGUCGGCGGCUGCUUGUCUCUAUUACAAGUUCUCCAGAAGGUGUCAUCACCUCCCGUGGACGUUGCUCGUCUCUCAGGUCAAAGUGCACGCCGCCUGAUGCGUCAGCAACUGUCCCGACUAAGGCGCCACCUGCGAUGGUCCAGCGUGCCGAUUCAGGCGCUGUUUCUGUUUGUCUUUACGUUCUGCGUGCUGCUUCCCGUUUGCUGCCACCGCCUGCCAUACUCGUACUUCUUCCUCAGGUCCGCCUACCUGGACGCCAUAAGCGAGGAUGCUUUGCAGGAGAGCCUGCGGCGAGGUCAGCACGCUCUACGUUUUUGGCAGAGCUCCUCUGUGAACUUUUUGGACGUGGCGUCCGGCCCUGAGAUGUUGGUUACCGUGGUGACGGCACAACGUCACGACGGGCGUGACUUCCAUUAUCUGCUGCAGGUGAUGCACCGCUUGAGCGUCCUUCUGGGUCGAUGCGGUGAACGGCGGUGCGCUGAGGUUCUUCUGUGCGAUGUGGAGAGGAACCCUCAGGAUAACAAAGACGCCAGACUUUUAGAGAGGAACUUCAAAGUAAUCCGUAGACGAGACGGGAAUCCGGAGCACGUGAACAUCUUUGAGCGGGAGAAGCGGGACUACUCGUUUUGCCUGCGUCACGCCUUCAACUCGGUGCAGCCCAGGAACAUGGUGGUCCUAGAAGAUGAUGCCCUCCCCCUGCAGAACUUCUUUCAGGUGGUCCAGGACUUGGUGAGUCGGCGCUUUGCCGCGCACACUCUCUACGUCAAGCUGUACCAUCCUGAGAGGCUGCAGCGCUACUGGAACCCUGAGCCGUACCGCAUCCUGGAAUGGUUUGCACUUGGACUGGUGGGCGCCACGUUGGUGCUCCUCACGCUUCCCUACUGGAAUCCCUGCUCCUUCUCAUUCACAACAUCCGCACUACACGUCCUGAUCCUCACCAUCUACGUGAUGGCCGCCGCCGAGCUCCUGGGCCGACAUUACCUGCUGGAGGUGCGCCGUCUCUCCCCUCAGCUGUACGCCGUUUCCCCCGCCACCGAGUGCUGCACCCCCGCCAUGCUGUUCCCCGGGAACGCGUCCCUGAGGGUGGCCCGCUACCUGGACGACGCUUUCUGCAGCAAAGGCAACGCCAAAGAUACAGUUCUGUACAAAAUAGCACGCAGCGUUCCGGGAGAACGAGCUCACAGCGUGGAACCCAACCUCAUCAGGCACAUCGGGGCCUUCUCCUCCAUCAGGCCCAACCCGGUCCGCCCCAAACUUUUGUGACAGAACCAUGUUGUUCGUUAAGAACAACAUGAAUCCAAUAUGUUUCAAUAACAAUGUGUAUUUUGUUAUUGUUUACAUCAAGGCAUUGGCCUGUAACUGACUUUAAGGUAAACCACAGCAUUAAAAAUCUAAUUCCAAACAAAAUACAUUUAAGCAAAGUUGAUAAAUCAUCAUCAUAAGAGACCCUUAAACAUCUCAGUUGCAUUCAGAUGACCCGUAAAUGAAAGUUUGGGGAAAAGUGUGACCUGUUGCAAGGUUUUCUUUUAUUUACUGUAUGUUGUGAUCUUCUUGACCAACUUGAUUGCAUUUAUUGGAAUUUUGCUUGACUUCAAUAAAAAAAUAGUGGAUUAGCCUCAUUG